UUUUAAUAUAUUAGUAGUAGUUAAAUUUCGGGCAACCUCUGCUGUUUUUCUGCCAAUAAUUUUUUUUUCGCGUAUUUUUGCAGCGUAAUAUUGAUAAUAAUUGACACGGGAAAUAGCCAAGGGAAGACGUACAUAUGGCAGAAAAACAAAGUUCAUUCUCCUUGGUCCCAAAAAUUAUCAAUGGCGGCAUCGCUGGCAUCAUCGGGGUCACCUGCGUCUUCCCUUUGGAUCUGGUCAAAACCCGGCUGCAAAACCAACAAAUCGGACCGAACGGAGAGAGAAUGUAUAACAGCAUGUUUGACGCUUUUAAGAAAAUCAAAGCGCAUGAGGGUUUCUUCGGCAUGUACCGCGGAUCGGCCGUUAACAUUCUACUGAUCACUCCCGAAAAAGCGAUCAAGUUGGCUGCCAAUGACUUUUUCCGGUACCAUCUACAAACCAAAGAAAAAACGCUUCCGUUAUUUCGUCAAAUGGUUGCCGGAGGUUUGGCUGGACUAUGUCAAAUCGUCAUUACCACCCCGAUGGAACUACUGAAAAUCCAAAUGCAAGACGCCGGAAGGGUUGCAGCACAAGCUCUCUUAGUGGGUAAAACCGUGCAGAGAACCUCUGCUACCCAACUCGCUCUCGGUCUAUUUAAACAGCACGGCAUCCUGGGACUUUACAAAGGCACCGGGGCCACCAUGUUAAGAGACGUCUCGUUUUCUGUGAUAUAUUUCCCACUUUUCGCUACCCUGAACGAUCUCGGUCCUAGGAAAAGCGACGGAUCCGGUGAAGCUGUGUUCUGGUGCUCCUUUUUGUCCGGUUGUGCGGCCGGUUCGUUUGCGGCUUUGGCAGUGAAUCCGUUUGACGUUGUCAAAACUCGGUUGCAAGCCAUUCAUAAGGCCGAAGGUGAACGGUCUUAUUCCGGAGUUGUUAAUGCAUUUGUUAACAUUCUAAGGUACGAAGGACCGACGGCCUUCUUCAAAGGAGGCGCCUGCCGUAUGAUCGUAAUCGCCCCAUUGUUUGGAAUAGCUCAAACCGUGUACUACUUGGGGGUAGCCGAGAGGUUAUUGGGCAUCAAACGAACUUAAAAAGGAUGGAACAACUCAUCUACAUGAUCUGCUUUAUUAUGCUUUAUUAGAAAGAACGCGAACCGAAAAUCAUGGUCAAUUAUUUCAAAUUUUUAAUAAAAUAUUUAGGAGCGUCUAAAGUUUUUAAUGUUAAGUGCAAACAAUAUUAAUUUAUUUUUUAAUAUUAUGUUCCUCUAUAUGUAAGAAUAAUGAAACUUAUCGGUGUUAUUGUAUUCUUUACAUAGAGAUAAUUUACUUUGCAACCAAAUCAAAUGAAUCGUGGCUCUCUAUUGUGUGUUUUUCUCUCGUUUGUAAAAAAAAGGCAACUAAACAUAUAUGCUGCCCAGUAUUAAAGGAGGCUUAGAGUAAGUUUAUGUGCUGGUAUAUAUUUAUUAUAAGUAUAAGAUUGUUUGUUCACAGUAUUUGUUUAAACUGUAUUAGCGGUCUAUGUACAUACAUACCGAGUAAAACUUGCACCUUAUAAUGUAUUUUUAAGGUGUAGACAAUAAUAGAUCUACUUCCUCUUCAAUUAUGGCAACGUGAAUUGUAAUGAUAAUUAUUAAAAUCGUUAUUCGUUUAUACAAA